AUGAACGAACUGUAUUCGCAAACUAAACGUCGCCGACAAGGCCUGUCCGGGAAUCUUCUGGAUCGCGAUGGAAACGACGACGAUCUGUAUGGUACCCAGUUUUCGGUGCCGGCUUCUCAAGCCCCAAGUCAGCGCCGGUAUCUUUCCCAGCGCAGCAAUCUGCAACGAUCGCAGGUGGUUCGUACGGGUCGCCGACCGCCCGCGAACUACUACGAGAGUGUCCUCCUGAUGGCUGGACUGAGCCUAGAUGAACCUGGUGGCGUCGUGGUGCUAAAGUGUGAGCCGAUCGUCUUUAUGCACAAGCUGAAAAGUGUGCUCCGAACGAAUCCGGAAUACCCCGCGAACGUCGAUCGGUUCAUUGCCGGCAUCGAGCUAACCAUGAAGGAUCGAACGAACUUCCUCAAGCUGCUCGAAUGUUGCCAGGUGACGCCCUCAGCACCCACCUGUCCCAACCAAACGCUGGCUGACCCUGUCCGCAAACCGGUUCAAGAAAGCUUGAUGAAAAUGUUCCUGCUCGUAGACUUCUUGCAGUUGAAACUGAUCGAGCUACUGUUUGCCUAUCUGCUGAAGGAAUUGGAGGCAGCGACAGCCGGGGACACGACGGCGGAAGAUUCCAUCGUUGGUUUUGUGCUCUCUCAGCUGAAGUUUAUCGAUCACGUUCAAAACGGGGAGCUGGUGUUUGAGAAGGUUUUCCAGCUGUUGGCAAAGGUUAAGCGAGAAACGGUUAUUUUCGAUGAAAUCAUCUUCAGCCUGGAAGAUGUGAUCGAUGUUUCUAAGCACGACGAGGCCCUCCAUCGCCUGAUGAAGCUGCGCCCCCGUCCAGAAGAUAUCAUUACACCCACCACCGUCGAGGUGUUCACCGAGAUGUGCCUUAGCGUAGAAACGCUUGAAAUGCUUCGCCGGAAGGUGGUCCAGUAUGCAUCGGACGGCUGCCAGCUUCGCUACUACCCGGCACUGGUCAAGAUGCUGCUAAAGUUCAACCGCACCAAGCAACCGGAAAACAUUGCCGGAAUUGUACGGGAAGUUCGUAAGCUUCUCGAUACGGGUGGCAAUCCGGAGGCUUGGAAAAACGGCGCUACGGCGGACGAUUGUGCUGAACAAGUGCUCCGUACGAUCUACCAGGCAAUAUCGGCAUCGGCAGUCCUGUUCGAUUCCUGGAUCGCGGUCAUUCGUCAGCUGCCGGCGGCGGAAGAUCAUCUGCCGGUAGAUCUUUUACUCCUUACGAUCGCAAUGACAACGAACGAGCUGAAAGCACCUCGCAUUCGUAAACUGACGAUUAAAAAAAUCGAACAGCAGUUCUUCACCGACGCACAUACGGAUCAGCUGGUCAGUGGGUGCUUCCGAAGGGUGUUGCAAACGCAUCUCGAUGGGUUUUUACAGCUAAUCGAAUGUUGCACUCGGGAAAAGAACGAACACGUGUGCGAGUUUGGUGUGUCCGCCAUGAGCGCACUGUUUUCGAUCGAUCACACGAUAGCCGCCACGGACAACCGGGUGGUGUUGAGUAAGAUUGUUGGGUUCAUUUGUGAAAUGGCUUCCGGAAAUGUCGGAAGUCGAAAUGAUUUCCUUAUCGGCCGUUGCAUAACCGCUUUGCGCAAGCUACACGAAUCACACCCGAAAGCGAUUGAACGAAGUGCGGAGCUACUUUUGAAGAUUCUCGACAUAGCCCCCGAUCUAACGCUACGCCAGUACCGUCCUCUGAUAGGUGUGAUCUAUGCCGCAGCAAUUCCGUCAGCUGGUGGCGACGAUCCAGAGCUCAGCAGCAUAAGGGACAAUCUGGAAAUAAUAGUGAAGAAGCAGUUGUUAUGCGAUAAUAAGGACACGAAAAAGAAGGGAAUCAUCGGGUUGGUACAGAUGGUCUACCAUAUCUCAUUGUCCCCGGAAACGGAUGUUGCCGAGUUGAGUUCGAGCUUUGAUUCCGAGCGCACGAUCGGUACGGUCAGCGAUAUCCCGAGUGCCAAGGGCCGGUCGCUAGCGAACCUCAUCAGCACGCUGUUCCUAUCCACUAAUCAGUCGGCGGAUCUUUUGGCCAUCUGUUACGACGAGAUGGCGAGUAUGCUGGCCCAGGCCCGACCCAGGUCUGCCCCCGGGUGGGAGAAAACGUUUAUAAUGUGGUUGUGCGACACGAUUACGAUGGACUUUCAGAGUCACUUCCUGGUAGAGGACAGUCAGCCGCUGCCAACCAAGGAAUCGUCACGAGCUGGAACGGCCGGACCCGGUAUCCGACUGGAUCGUAAAUUGUGCAUCAACACCGGCGAGGAGGCAACGACGAAUGCUGAGGCAGCCACGAUCGCGCUCAACGUCGGAGGCGGUGUGAUCAGCUUCAAAAGUCGUCAUUCGGUGAUCACCUUCCUCAUGCCGAUAUUCCGCUUGAUGCGAACGUUGCACGCGAUACGGUACGAAGGAACGCUCGAGUCGAUCAACGCCCUGUUAGGUUGUGCGAUCGUUGUGCCCGACUUCUACGGCAUUCCGGAGGAGGAGGAUCGUAGGUUUACGGUGGACGCUUUCGACGAGGGGCUGUGUACGCAGCUUAUCGACAUUUACUUCUAUCUCGGUAACUGGUUCCGUGAAUGCAUCAGUGCGUUCGUGGGCCAGAAAGAUGCAGUGAUGCGCAGAAAGGUCCUGGAACGAUUGCACGAGCUUGUCACGUUGGAACAUCACCUCGGACGGAUGUUGGAUCGGAUGUGUGCUGAGUGUGAGUACGUGCCUCCGUUGGCCGCCGAUCUUAUAGAUGGAGGCAAUGCGAUUCCCCUGUCAAAGAAGCUGAAAUCAAACGAACCAGCGAAGGGGCGCUCCAAAGCAGCGGCACAUGAUAAGACAAUCAAUCUCGAUGCGCCACUCGGGUCGCAAACGGUCGCCGCAACCCUGCCCGCUACCGUGGGUCAGUUUAACGAGCAAAGCAUCCUGCUUAGGUGUGGCUUUGCCGUGCGCCAUAUGGAUCCGGAACUGGCGCGCCUUCUGGAAGUCCCACUGAAGCCCGUGCGCGUACUCGAUACCGCCAGCAGCCAAGAGGUUUGUUUAGCGCUGCCCGAGUAUCGGUUUGUGCUGGAAAAUCUUACGAUCGCCAUGGAGCAAUCGGAGCAGGAAAGUUGCCAACGGCGGGUAUUUGAUCGCUGGGAACAAUUCAUCGAGCGCAUGGCCCUGCUUCUAGUGCAGUUGCGCGAGGGUGUAAACAGGCUUCAACCAGCAUCGCCCCAAGAACUGCUCCCGCUGAAGUCGUGUUACCUUUGGAGCUUGAGACUCGCGACGGCCCUGCUGUCCUGGAAGCGGUUUCGUGAGCAGCGUGGUCGGGCCGAUCUCGAACGGGUAGUCGACGUUAUGGUCCGAAAGUUGUGCGCUAGUGACCCUCCUCCCUGUAACGGUGGUUCUCCGGGGCAUCUCAACGAACAGAUCAAGCGGCUGCUGAAAGAGUUGAUCGUACGAGAAUCGUGUUUCGGUGAUGUUUCCAUCGCGUCGCAAAUGUAUCGACUUGCGUGUGCCCUCGGAGAAUGCACCGGAGAUCGACCGGUGACGAGCAGGGCUCUGGCACGGUUCACACGAAGUGUUCUCACAGCAUCCGACCUCCGUACACCCGAUGCCAAAUCGAAUCAAUACUUUGUGACGCUGCUCGAUGGAUUGAUGGCAUCGAUCGGGCUAAAAUCGCUCAAGCAGCUGGUGGUCGAGAUGCACCAGGACGUGUGCCGGAUCGAGGAGGAUGGAAAGAAGGAUAAAGCGAAAAGCAACACCACUACCGCGCGCACAUUUGCGUCCUUCAAGCGCUCGCACUACACACUCUUCUUCCGAGGUCUGUGCCGUGCGUUCAUUCGCUUGCUGCAGGAUGAGAUACGCAUCCGGUCCGGGUCUGGUGCUUCCUCCUCCCGACGGCUCGAACUAUGGGAGAUGGCCUGUGAGGCGACGGGCGAGCUAACGAAUGUCGUUCGUCGUGCGCAACAGGCGGCCAACUUCGGCGUGUACCUUCGUUUCGCACAGAUUUUCGUAAAACUCUUCCUCCGGAAUGGCCUUCCCGUGCUGGAAACAAUAUUGCGCAGCUCGGCCGAACGAGCCUCGAACUUGCUUUCCACGCUGCAAAUCACCACACGCUACCUUCACAGCAUGUGCUGUCAGGCGAAGAUUUCGAAAGGUUCUGGCGGAGCGGCCGCUGCCGUAUCGCAAAUUCCAUUCGUGCGCGAAUCCGUGGAAACGCUUGUCUAUCGCGUGAAGGCGGCAUUGGUGGCAAACCACUGCUCGGCCGUAUUUUGGAUGGGAAAUCUCAAGAACAAGGACAUGCAGGGCGAGCUUAUCGCGUCACAGUUGGAACCCGAACCGGAAUCAGACAGUGAAGAAGUUCCGGUGGUCGACGAUAUCACGCUCGCGGAAGAUGACGACGUUCCGAGCGACGAUGGCGAGAACCCGGGCCGUAAGAGGCCAGCCCCACGAUCGUCAAGGAGUAGCCGUGCGGGAAGUGGGUCGGUAAAGUCAUCGCAAAGUAAAUGUUUCUAAAAGGGAUAGAAUCGACUAUUUUUCUUCACACGUUUCUCAAAUAAAACGUUGUUAUCUUAUU